AUGCCUGCUGUCCCUAGACAGCAUGACAAACUGGAUUUAGACGGCGCCGAAAUUUGUCAUGCACCGCUUAGAAAUUGGGCUUCCAACUGGGAUCGACUUUAUGCAUUACGAGUUAUUUCAACGUUGUCGAUUUCAAUCCUGACACCCCCAUACCAUGGAUUUGUGUUGUACACGGAGACGGACACGGAAUCGCACGACGAAAUCAUCGACGAAAUCCCGCUGAUCGAGGUGCAGUUUUCCGACCGCACCCUGCUCCGCAUAUGCAUUGCAAAUAUGUCCGGGUCUGGAAGGAUGCAACUUGUGAUGCUGUCAUCUUUGGAUGCUAGAAAAAUCUGUAUUGCAUGACCAGCAAGAGGACUCCAGUUUGUGCUACGCCACGAAAAGGGCAUUUGUCAUGCGGAAGAGGCAUCAGCAAGCCAUCUGCAAGUUUGUGAUGCUAGGGCGUGCAUUACAGACGUCAUGGGUAAUACAAAACCUGCAUGACAAGUCUAGCACUCGUCUUCCAGACCCAGUAGACACAUUUGCACUUGAUACCGCAUCGCCAACUACAAUGAUUGGCACCGGGGCCGGAAGCACGGCAAAGACCAGGGGCUGCGGCGGUCGAUGGACCUCGAGCGGUACAUCCGCGACGGGGGGAAACGGUACGUGAAGGAGUACUUCCAAACUGGGACGAACACUGACGGCUCCGCCUCGCCCAACAAGUACCCGUUAUCUCCCCUGGUUUCCGGGCACAAAAUGGCAGCAGCCUCUACUUCCUCUUCCACUUCCCUUGCGAUCUACGACCCGAAGAAGGCCGGGUCGAACCAAUUGGUUAUCAAGAACGAUCCAGCUUCUACGAAAAACCACCGGCUGUACGAAUGUGUUUCCUCCUUCUCCGUACCGGGCCAGCCGAAAUUCGUGCUGAUCGACAACCCGUGGAAAUUCGCCGUGGCUUUACGCAAUGCAAAAGCAUCGUACUAGUAUAGAUUGCAUUACAAAUUGACUUAGCAUGACAAAUUGAAUUUGUAAUGCGGAUUUGCAUAAAGAAAGAGAUAUGUAAUGCAUAAACGCAAUUAGUACGAGUGCGAUACUUUUGCACAGGAUAGACUUUGGGCAAUGUGGAUUUGUUGCAGAAGUUACUCUCCACCUACCCUCAGUACUCUCCCGAGGCGUGUUUGGACGGAAGCCGGAUCUACGACUUGCUGUUUUCCCAAGACCCAACGCGGUACGGGCAAAUGGCCGUGCAGUUUUCCCGGCAGUCGGCCACGCGGAUGUUGGAAUUUUUGUUGGCCCACCCGCUGUCCAACCCGCAUUGGUGGUUGCACAUGCUGCUCGUCUGCUUCCACGAGUCGCAGCAGGGUUCUUACACGUACAAUCUGAUGACGGGGAAAACUGCGGCGCGGGAGUUGCCGAUGGACUAUGUGAAUUUGAUCCUGGCCGCGGUCGGGCUGUCGACAAAACAUCGCUCCGUGCGGUCAGAUAUCCUGUGCAAAAGUAUCGUACUCGUAUAUUGCAAUCAUGCAUUACAAAUCUUGUUCUUAAGCAAAAUCCGCAUGACAAAUUCAGAAAGGGGUAAAUAGCAUAGGAAUCCUCGAGUUUCCAAAUUUGUAUUGCAAGAGGCGCAAAAUAUUCCCGCGGUAAUUUUGCUGCUCUUGCAUUACAAAUUCAUGUACCAGUUGAGAAUGUAACAUUUGAGAACGCCAUAUGGGACAACCAUGCGUUCUCGAACGACGACCCCAGGCCGUUGGACAUGGACGUGUUUUGGAAGCCGCUGUUUCUUGUCUUAAACCACGACGAUGUCGACGUCAACCACGUUUCUCCUUCCACGGGCAAGACCGCUCUCCACCUCGCGUGCUUGUCCGGGAACGUGGAGGCGGUGGAGUUGCUUUUGAAGCACCCCUUGCUCAAACUCGACAUCAAAGCGGGUCACAACGACGGCAGAACCGCGCUCGACAUCGCGCUCGACCAGGAAAUGCGGAAGGAUUUGAACCCGGAAGAGAUGCAGCGGCGGAUUUUGCUGACUGACAUUCUCUUACUGGAUUCCCGUAUGAUGCCAACUAUGACGAAAAAGUCUGGAAGGGGAGUGUCCGGCGGAGGCAGUGGGGGUAAUGUUUCAGGGGGUCGGUCCUCUGGAGGCGCUUCCAGCUCGAAGGCCAGCCCCAGUUCCUCGCCGAAGCUAAACGCCACAGCGUACAUGCGCGCCAUCCCCGGGUCCCCGACGGACAUGUAUCACAAGAAAAAGUGUUAACGUUAACGGACCCUCCCGCACGGAAGCUUCCAGUACCGCAGCGGGAGGGUCCAGAUCCAGAAGAAGGAGGCGUCGCCACUCUGCUCCCCCGACGCCCGGCGGCGCUACUAUCCUGAGGAAAAAGUGUCCCACAUCAUACACAUUAACCAGAGUCAAGAUUUAAAGUCGCUACAUAAGGCGACAAGAUUCGGCAGUUGUUGCACAGUACAACUUCUUUACUUUGCUGGGCCUUUAGAAGAAGAAGAAGUGGACGAGUAGUCGUUGUUUAUAUCUCCUGCAACCGCGUCGCAAAUCAAUGCUCUUAUUCUGAUUAGGGCAUGACAAACUCGUCCCACAUGGACUUCGAAGACGUUUCGCAUGGGGCUGCAUAUCAGACAAAUUUUGGGGUUGCAGAUUUGAAUCAGGGCCAACAUGGGGGGGGACCUUUUUCCUCUCCAUAUGCGCGCAUGGAGGCCUACGUGAGCCCCUGCUAGGUGGAAGAGUGAGAAGAAGCUACUUGCCUCCGUCCUUGCCGCACCCGCGAGGGCCGGGGCGGCCGGCUUUGCUGCGAUACUAUGUGAUUGGAAAAAAGAAAAACAAGGACAAGAUCUUCAGAAAAACAAGUCAGAGGGGAGAGUACUUCGAAUUUCAAGAAGCAUCCCAGUGAUGCGAAUACUUUUACCUUUACGACCACUUAACUUAGGUGUGCUGUACAAUACUUUUACUUCAGACAUAGAUAAAUCAUACCGGCGGACUGGUACUUCCACUUUAUUUGAGAGAAACAUUCGUAAAUGUAGUUACAUUGAUCACGCACUAAGUUGCACUAAGCACAUCUUCAUCCUUUGUGCCGUUUUGUCUUGUUACCCAACAUAAAGCUUUACGUUGCGUUGCCCCCCAAAAACUACAUCGCUGUUGCUUGUCUAGGUCCCAGUUAGUGCGUAGAACAGUAAGAAAGCGGUUUAACAUUAUCAAGGGUUUUCUGCUUGUUCUGCCGAUUACUGAUCGUGACCUGCUUGCCCACAGGACUCCUGCACGAUGAUAGCCAUAGUCCUCUGUGAGAAGCAAGAAUUUGAUUAUCGUCGUCACAAGGGGAGGACGCUCCUGCGCAUGUAGUUCAUCAAAAACCGUGCUUUCUUUCUAAAGGAGGAAAGCCAAAAUCUUGUAGUGAAAGACUUUGAAAAUAUUGACCCCCGGCAAGCAACACCGCUCUCCGCCCGGAAAAGAAGAUGAUAAAAAA